AAACAGGCUGCGAUGACGAGCUCAAGACCAGUCACACGACGGUGCAAGUUCAGCUCUCAGCAUGUAAAUGAAUGACGCUGACUGGAUCACAAGAACUAUGACAGCGUUCAACAGUAACUUUCCGCUGCCGGUCAGAUGUACACUGAAACUGUAAGGCGGGUUGGACUCAUGUAACCGAAGCUGUGUGAGUUUCAGUCCGUGUUCAGCGGAGAAUAUACCGAAUAUACUAACAUACCUCGCGCUGCAAGAAAAGAACGAGGGGAAGAAAGAAAGAAUGACAGAUAUAAUAAACAACCCAGAUCACAGUCGAGGAGACUUCACUGUGAGUGACUCAGGAGAGCAAGGUGUUUCCUUUCAGAUUUUCCCAGAGACACAGGAGCGCCACCCCAAGCUGUCCAAACGCCUGCCCUCCAUUGUGGUGGAGCCCACAGAUGGAGAGGUGGAGAGCGGAGAGUUACGUUGGCCCCCAGAUGACCUGAGAAGCACAGACCCUUCCAGCAAUAAGCACACACCCUCCCAAGAGAUCACACAGAUGUCUGAUUCACCAACCCAGAUAACUCACAGCAAGAGUGCAGAUGAAGUCAAGUGCAGCAGUGUGGAAACAUCAGGAGCAGCUGAGCAUAACUGAAAUUUAACAAAGACAUUAUCGCAAGUCUUUUAUUAUUACAAGUCUCAGUUCUCACUCUAAAGAUUCUCACACAUAGAAACACAAACCACACAUACAGUACACACUGACAACCAUAUGAGCAGCCAGUCCGACGGGAAGCAGUAUAGAAGAUCAGGGCUCACAAUGCCAUAUCUGAGCACCUUUUACAACACAUACAUAGCUUUAAUAUGAGUCUUUUUCAACACUUUUUAAAAGUCUUUUCUAGUUUUCAAUAUCAAACUCUUAACACAUUUUUCAAUGACUUCUGAGGAUAUGAUAGAACAGUUCUGGCUUCACACAUCUUACAUUGCACUCAAUUGGAAUGCCAAGUGUAUCUGACUUUCCUGAUACUGACAUUUUGAACUGGUUAUGAACAAGCUCUAACAUGUUAAAUAUUGAGUAAUUUUAGAUUACACAACAAAAUUUGAAGGGAUGCACCACCUUAUUGUCAUAUUCAUAUUUAAUGGUAAAUUUAAAUGCACAACAUUCAUUUAUAAACAAAUACAAACGUGUAAAUAAUUUUUUGGAGCUACUUUGAAAUUAAAGACCCCAUAAAAUUGCUUGAUGAACACAGCUUUCUUUGCUGAGUUGAUGCAUUUCCUAUUGAAACAGUAAAUUGAGGUGGGACAUAUGAAAGGGAUCGUCCCUUAUGAAUUGCCAAUAGCUUUUAUAUUUCAUCACAGCCAUGAUUUUCUGCUUGCUAUUGAUAGUCAGAAUUUGGUAGUAUUGGAGGGGACAUUCAGUGCAGUGUUAGCCAUCCAUAAUUUUGCUCUGUAUUCCCUAAAUAGAAAAUCUAUCCAUUUUAAAUGUAUAUUUCUGCUAAUAGUGAAUUUUUCCAACUUUUAGGAAUAUAGAUGGCCUUGAAGCAAACAGAUAUGGACUAAAAGCCACACAACUCCAGUUUUGAUUUCAUGGGGUAUUUAAACAAACAAUAUAGGACCAAGUCUUAACCAAGAGUGAAAUAUUACAUUAUUAAUUCUAAAUCAAAUGCAUUGUUUGGCUUCUCACUAGCCACUUCUGGUUUGAGAUGCUUUAUUUAUCCAUGUCAAAUCCAGAGAGAUGCAUUGAUUUAGUAUUAUGCCUUCACUUUGAUGAAUCCCAAAAGCCUGUGAAUACACUCUCUAUAAUCAGACUAUUGCAGUGACCACUGUGAAUCUCAUAUUCAUGUGGACAUUAUUCAUUACACCCUCAAAACUUUCUGUGAAGAGACUCCAUCCUCUCUCUGCACCAUCUGGCUGAGGCUUGUGAGGAACGGCUGCAACAGAACUUCAAACAUGUCAAUCAUUAUGAGGACAAUCUCGCCAAACCCUGUCUGUCUCUCUGCAGACUUCCAGUUAUUAGAGGCUUGUCGUGCACAUACACAAUUCUUUCAAAGCUGUGCUAAACAAAGCACAAUAGCUGGAGCUGGAAUCCUCUACUGGACAGAGACUGUAUACAGUGUGUUGGGGUCAUCUCAAGUUAACCCCUGGCUUUAAUUAGCAGAGUUUGUUGAGUUAAGCAUCACUGUCACUAUAGAGUGCAACAGUAUGGUUCUGGUAGUUAAAGAGAAACAUUAAUUUCCCCAAAAGAUUAAUACAUUUUUAACUUUAACUUGUAGAUCUCUAAAGAGAGACCUACCAUGAGCUUACUGGUGCCAUCUUGCAAAUGUCCUAUUUACAGUCAGCUGUGAUACAUUUAUUCUGUGAGCAAAAGUGUCUGAUGAAAGGGGGCAACUAAGAUAAAGAGAGUAGUAUUCGGCUUGUCAUGUCAUCUUAUCAUGGCCACCACCAAGAGGGGAGACCUGCUUCAUGUAGAAUAAAAACGCUUUUAUUAGGCUACUAUUAUGACUUGAGUCUUCCUCUUUUACAUGAUUUUAAACAUAUUUCAAAAGUACUAUUCAUACAGAGUGCACCUUUAAUCAUUAAAUCCCCACGGUAAAACUGGCUUGAUGUGUAUUUAUAUUGUAUAGAGUCUAUAUUUUAAAAUCUAAUUUUCUUUACUGUAACAUUGUUAUACUACUGUAACUGGAGGCACAAACACAGCUUAUCACCAUCAGAAGAGACUGCCAUCUCCUUUUAUAAUUGUUUUGAUUUGCAUGCAUUAAACAUGUCUUUUGGUCCUCUUUUUUUAAUGAAUAACUGGAGAUUAAAAAAUUUACAAACAGACGCAUCUACUGGAAAACUUGGACGUUUAUCCUGAUCAGACCAUUCAUUUUAUUUACUAAGAUUGCAUCUGAUUUCCUUCUUUCUCUAUAAAAAUUUAUAGUAAAAUAUAUUGUUAAUAUUUUAAAAGACAUUUUUUCACAGCAUGUAAAUGUUUAAUACGCACUUAGUUUUCUUGUUUGUUUGAUUUUUAGUUAAUAAAGAUUAAUA